AUGGAACUGGGACAAGAUGGCUCCCCUUCCGGUGUUCGAUGCAUCCACCUCGAUCACGAAAGGUUGUAUGUGCUGCGGAGGUCCAACUUGGUGAAUAUCUUGGCGGCUCGGAGUUGUUUCAGGGCCGCAGGGACAAGAGAAAGGGGAUACCUGAAUUUGACUGUUGUCCUUGGUUCAGAACUCGAUAAUCUAUACAUGGCCGCAACCCUCCAUCCUUUUGGCCACGAGAAGAAGAGCUUGAGGCAGCGGUGUGGCUUUAACAGCACAGUCUCUAAUGAAGUUGGCGGCAUCAUUCUAACAGCCCCAGAUCAUCCAACAAACGUUGAAUAUUCAGAGCAACAGCAUUCAAUAACAGUCAUGCGUCCCAGGUCCAGACUGCUGGCUAAACGAGGCCUCCCCACCAUCAGGGAAGGUUAUGAGGAGCUGGUGCAAGACCUGAACCAGACCAACAGCCAGCACACUACCACACAGGACUACUUCCUCUCCAUCUGCCAUCUGGCCCGGCCCACCUUCCCUCUGCAUGAGCCUGAUUGUGACAUCCUCUCCAUCGGCCCUUUGGAUCCCCCAAAGCCCUGCCUACGCCUGCACCGCCUGCGCCAUCAUCUGCAGCCUCCGCAGCCCCAAACCUCCACGGCCAGUGAGCAGCGAGUUGAACAAACCCAUAAAGAAAAUGAGACCACUAAAUCUACUCCACCAGAAGCAGUUCAGGCUCAGGCUACCCAAGAGGAGGGAGUCCCAGGCCCCGCUGAUCCACUAGAGUACCUCUACAGCCACAGAGGUACACCGGCGCUGUCUACUAGAAGGGGGAGCGUUCCUCCACGAAGGCCACGAAGGGACACCUUCCCGAGUUGUUCCUCAGCACCGGACAUCCAGCGCAAGAGCAGCUGCCCAGAGCUUAGCCUGGCUGAUACAAUCACUGCAUCCACGAUCUUGCAGAGGUCGCCUCUCAGCAGGAAGAAACUGGAUGAGGGCUCCCUGGCCGCACGCAGUGGCGUUCCCAACAAGCUCGAUGGCAUCCCUGCUGGUUGGAGGGGGAAGAGCAGCCGCUGCAUGGACAAACAGACCAUAGUGUCCCACUGGAUCGCAGAGUGCCGCAGCGCAUGGAAGGAAGCUCGCAUUCGUGCAUGCAUGCUGCCAGCCAUCGCCGAAAAGUAAUUUACAACCUCUGUCCAGUGAGGUUUAAACAUCACCGUAACGUGGAUAAAUGUAGAAUUAUGACUUUGCACUUCAGGUUUAUAUGCAUAUACAUUUUUUAUGUAUUUUUAAAUCUGUAACCCUAUAGAUGGUGCCGUGCCGAUACCACACCAUAGUGUAGAGUUACAAUGAAUGUCGAUGAUAAGACUGAGCCAGUCCAGUAACGUCCAGUCGUGAACAAUAAAUGCAUUGAUUGUUGAAUGCCUUUAACAUUGUUUAGUGAGAUUUAAAGAAUUAAAAAUGUGUCAUCUUAAUCGCAGUUCUAAUAUACGGUAAUGUUAAUAACACAAUGUAGUUUAAAGGAUAAAGGGAACCACAUGUAUUAUAGUCACUUACAGUAUAAGAAUUUCACUGUGCCCUCUAUAAUACCUGACUAGGAUGUUUUUGUAAGACCCAGGUUUUAGCUAAUUUGAUUGCCAGGCAGAUUAUGUGAUGCACAACAGUUAUGCAAUGCUUGCUUUAAAUUUUAUCACAUAUUUGAUCUAUAAUUGCUUUAGAGUAAAAUGCAAACAAAAAUAAAACCCUUAACAUACAAAUAUGUUCAGACCUUUUAUGUCUAAAUACUAACUUCUUUAGUAAAUUGGUAUUUAGGAGACUGGUAAAACAAGCAAGCUAUGAUCAUUUACUGCCACUUUCAAAAUGAGGUAAUGUUAAAAUAUUUUAAAAUUAAGCUUUUAAACAGAAAUGAACUGUUUAGAGGAAAUUGAAUAGUCCAGUUGGAUAAUACAUGAUUAAAUGCCCUGUUUAGGAAUCAUCUUAGCUCACUAACAGGCCAUACAAUGACCUGACCCACGUUAUUUUGAUAUUCAGAUUUAUGGUAAAUGGCCAAUAUAGAACUGCACUGUUAUCCUAUUAGACUGUUUUUACACACCCAGAAUAUCUUGUUUUCUUUGCAUUCAUUUGGUGUUUCUGUAUUUUGAGAUUGUCUUACUGUUAAAAGAUUAAUUAGUACGGUUGCAUGUGAAUUUGUAAAUUUUUGUAUUAAAAUGUAUUUAAAUUAUUGUUAUGGAUGUAAUAAUUUGAGAGAAACUGUAUAUUACAUUAUAUUAAAAAAGAAAAUCUGUUGUUUGUAAAUUUUCAGCAACCUUGUA